AUGCAGACUUGGAUCCCUAAUGCGUUGCUUCUUGUUCAAGCUGUCCUCGCACCGACUCUCUACUCCGCAUCCGACCUCUUCCAGACUCGAAAGAUUCUGUUGAUUGGUGGUUGUAUUUUCUCCUUCAUCGGUGCAGCUAUAAUACCAACAGCUAACGAUAUCAACCGCGUUAUCGCCGGACAGGCACUGAUUGGGGUUGGAUUCUCGACUAGCCCAAUAUCAUACUGCAUCCCGAGUGAAAUUCUUCCCCGGAAAUGGAGACCAUUAGUUGGUGCAACAGCGUCCCUCGCCAUUACGGGCGCUUUCAUCCUACGAGAUACCAAAGACGGAUGGCGAAACUUCUACUGGAUUCAGAUAAGCUUAUGGGGACUCGUCGCUGUCGCCAUAUUCGUGGGCUACCGCCCUUCCAAGCGACACAGUCGAUUGGACCAGUUGUCCUGCCGGCAAAAGAUUGCUGAGAUCGACCUCAUUGGGAGCGGAUUGCUGACCACCGGCCUCGCCUUGUUACUCAGCGGCAUGACCCUUGGGGGCGAUCUCUAUGCCUGGACCAAUUCGAGAGUUAUUUGCACCAUCGUGGUGGGUAGAGUCAUUUUGGUAGCCUUCGGCCUCUACGAGACAUAUAUCAUCAAGACAGGAAUUCUGCCUCAUUCGCUUUUCAGGAGUGACACGCCUAAAGCUGGCCGGAAUGCCACGAUUUGCAUUCUACUCAUAGCCGUCGAAGGCUUCGUGUCCUUUGCAUAUUUCAUCUUCUUCCCAGCCUUGACGGCCACGUUGUUCGAGACCAGGCCUAUGCUCAUUGUCGCACGCCUAGAGGCAUUUUGGGGCGGUAUAAUCAUCUCCAGUAGCAUAUCUGGCCUACUCAGCUCCAGGAUGAGAAGUAUACGAGAACCACUGGCAGUAGGACUCUUACUCUUCACUGCUGGCAAUAUCGGCUUGGCCACAGUGCAACCGGACGACUCGGUCAGUUCAGUCGCCUUUGCCGCUCUCACAGGUCUCGGCUGCGGUGUGAUGUUAGUCCUCGUCGUUGCUGGUAUUCAGCUCUCUGUCCCGCAUAAGCUCAUUGCCACUUCGACGGCAGUGAUCGUCUCAGUGCGAGCCGUUUUCGCCGUGGUCGCCACCGCAGUAUUUGCGGCUGCGUUUCGAAGCCGACUUACCGGGAAACUCCCAGCGUACGUUGCUCAAGUAGCACUAUAG